AUGCCCAGCGGUAGCAUUUCCGGCCAAUCCUUCCGAACCAGCUAUGAUUUGGAAACCAACGCGUCGACUGUUUUUACCGAAGUUGACGUGGACGCCCUCACGACAGAUGAGAUUCUAGAGCAAGUGCAGCUGAUGAAAGACGACCUCGCCUUCCUCUCGAAAGAGCUACUCUUCUUGGAAACAUUUGCGGAAAAGAUUAACCUGGAUGGAAUACUCCCAACAUCAGAAAUCGUCGAAAGAACCAGCUCGAGAAAGAAAAAACGUGGUGAACCGAAGAAAGAAAAGCUUAAUUUUGCCCAAAAAAUUGAGAUCACGAUAAGAUUGCAAAACGACCUCCUCGGGGAAAUGCAAAAAGUGGAGAAGGCGCAUAUCUUGGCGAAAGAGCAAAUCGAAUGCGAAAUGAAACAGCUGGAAGAAAGACUCCUCGACAUUCACAAGCACGAGUUCGAAUUUGACCGAGCCGUGACCAAAAAGAUGACAAAGGAUCGUCUUGAAAAACAAGAUCUUCAAAUCGGAAAGCUCAAACUUAAACUUCAAUCAAACAAAGAAAACUUGCGACGAGCGAACCACAGUCUCAAAUCAAAGGAGGAAUCUGGCGAGACAAUGACGAAGAUCGACUUUGAUCAGCUCGAAAUUGAAAAUACCGAGUACCAGAUCUCCCUUGACGAGAAAAAUAAAGAAAUGAUUCAGGCGAAAAUGAAAGCUGGUCGACUGAACGACUCGCUUCUCAAAAGAAAAACUGAUCUGGCAGCGGCUCUCAAGCUUCAAGUGAAGCUGCAGCAGCGAGUUUUGAGCAUCGUUUCCGACCGAGAAAAGGUUGAAAAGGAAUCUCAACUCGUCAAGAAAGACAUCGAAAAGCAACGAGAAGGACUUCGAGGCAUCCGGACUGAGAUGAAGUCCUACACCGUGCCGGAAGUCUACGACUAUAUCAAGCAGUCGCAAGAGACUGAUGCGCUUGAAAAAGAACUCUACGAGUGGAAAAGAAAAGUCGCCAUCGCCGAAGGAGCCAACAAAUCCCUCCGUAGCCAGCUUCAUGCCGCUCAAUCUCCCGUGAAAAAGCGCUAG